ACCUUCAAGGCGAGCAACAAGCGAAAGCGCGAAUCAUCCGACCCACCGCUUAGCCCACAAGACGAAGCGGCCAUCAAGCGCCAAAAGAAUACAGAUGCGGCUAGACGAUCCCGCUUGAAGAAGGUGCUCAAGAUGGAGGCAAUGGAAUCCCGUGUGUCUGAACUGGAAAAGGUCAACUCCAGUUUGAUCUUGCGCGUUGCGGUUUUGGAUUCGGAAAAGACUGGGCUCCGAUCCAAGGAAUCCUCCUACGAGGAACGCAUCAAGAUGCUUGAAUCCCAGCUUGCUCAAGCUCACAAAGCCUUG